UUUAUAAAUUGAAAAUUAUGUCCAUUUUAUGCGGGAGUUUUUACAUUAUAUUCUAAUCAUAUUAAGUCAGAGUUAAUUAUCCAAAUACACAUAAUUUUCAUUCUAAAACCAGUUGACCGGUGAUGACGUAGAUUACUUCAGUUUAUAUAAACGCAAAGUUUUAUAAAUCUUGUCAUAAUAUAAUGUGGGUUUGUUACAGUGCAGGAUGUUGAGAAAAUGGACUCACCAUUAUUAAGACAGACAUGGACCAUGUCAGCUGUGCUGAUCAACAUGUUUGGGCAGGGCAUGGUGCUCAGCUACACGUCCAGUCUCCUGCCAGGCCUCAACCACCCAGACUCACCCAUCAAAAUUGAUCUAAAUACAGGAUCAUGGCUCGGGUCCAUCGUUGGUGUGUCUGGCAUCCCCGGUUUCCUGCUGUCCUCAGUCCUCAUGGAUCGACUUGGAAGGAAAGCAACUCACUUCAUCAUAGUAUUACCGGGAGUAGUCGGCUGGUUGCUCAUAUACUUCGCGAACAACGUCAAAGCCAUCAUGAUCGGCAGGUUCCUUGGCGGGCUGAGCAGCUUGGGCACCGUUUCUCUGGGGGCAGUCGUCAUAGGAGAAUACACAUGCCCCAAGUACAGGGGAGUGUUUCUUUACCUCAAAAAUGCCGCGGUGUGCCUCGGAGCUAUGUUUACUCACAUUAUAAGCCGCUUUCUUCAUUGGAGGACUAUCACCUUAGUUGGCCUGAUCCCUAUGCUCAUCGCCCUCACCAUAAUCUACACAUGGCCCGAAAGCCCUGCGUGGCUGAUCUCCAGAAAACAGUACGACAGGAGUAAGGAAGCAUUCCUCUGGCUGCGAGGAGAUAGUGAAGCUUCUAAAAAAGAAUUAGCCGAAACAAUCAAUGCCCAAAAAGAAAGGAUGCGCACAGCAAAUCGAAAAAUAACUUUGUCGUUCUUGAUCAAAGACUUUUUUAGAAAAUUUACACGUAAGGAUUUUGUAAAACCGCUCAAUAUAAUGAUACUAGCAGCGCUUGUGCUGGAAAUGAGUGGGAGGCAUGUGUUCCCGGCAUACGCUCCUCUGAUCAUGGCGGCGAUCACCGGAGAAUCUACACAAUCAUUCUACUACACUUUAGCAUUAGACUUAAUUAUCACAGUGGCUUCCCUUUUUGCAUCUAUCUUAGUCAAACUGAUGAGUAGACGAAAACUUCUUUUUACAACCGGAUUUUCAGCUUUUGGGGUACUUACGUUGGUAUGCUUGAAUUUGUUUUUGACUUCGCAAGACAUUAUAGCUAAUCGUCCGUUAACAUCUGUUUCUAUGUUAGUAGUUUACUUUAUUUUCGCUAACUUGGGUUGUGCUCCUAUUCCUCUAGCAUUGGCUGGGGAAGUUUUCCCCUUAGCCCAUAGAGGGGUGGGGUCAGCUGUAACAGGAUUAUGGAUAUCUGUUUGUCUGAUAAUAGGGUUAAAGUCCACGCCACACCUGAUUGUCAGCAUCUCAGUGUCCGGUUUUUUUGCAGUUUAUGGCCUAGUCAUGGGAACCUCGCUUGUCAUCCUGUAUUUUGUAAUGCCCGAGACGAAAGAUAAAACUUUGCAAGAAAUUGAGAAUUUCUUUAAUCACGGGACUUUUACUGUAUUAGAUAUAGUUGAGGAAGCGGAGGAACUGGAAAUGAUUCGGAAAUGAGACUGAACGGGAUAAUGCAUGUCUUUUAUUAAUGAAGUUGUAAAUAGUGUAGUUAAAUUAAUUGCUGUGAUUUGUCGAUGUAAUAAAGUCUCUGUUGGUAAUAAAUUCUCUUCAUUGUUUAUCUGUGGUCAGUUGUAUAUUUCGCCAAUAAUACAUCCGACCAAAGGGAUGAAGACAACAAGAAAUACCGACCAAAUUAAGAGCCUACUCUCUUUGAAGUCGUUUAAAAGUUGAAGAAGUAAAAUUUCUUUGUUUUGACAUUUAUAGUAAGUGUGUGGCAUUAAGGUUUUUAAUGGAUGGAAAAAAUAAAUACUACUUAUAAGAAAAACUAGUUUAUUCUUUCUAUGCCCUUCAUUCAGAACAAGAACAAAGAAUAAGGAUGACACCGCUGGUGAUUGCAGAGUGCACCGAUAAUUUCAGAUAAAAUAUAAUAGUCAUCGUCGUACACUGAUUCUUCCUAGGACUCAAAAUGCUACCAGACACUUUAAACGAGUUGGACUAACAAUUCUACAUUCCGUUUUAUAGGAGAAGAGACUAUAAUUCACAAAAACAAACAUCUACCACAGUAUUAUUAACUUGCAAUGGUCGCGUACUCUUGAUGAUUUGUUGCUAUAGUUGCAAUAGAAACACACCAUCUAUAGAAUGUUCAAUGGUCGAACUAUUACAGCCCUUGAGACACAGCCUGGUGACAGAUUGACGGAAUAAAAAACAACGGAUCCUUAGAGCACAUUUUAGAUGUCGCGAGAAAAAUCGUGUAAGUUGUAAUACAUAGCCGGCGAUUAUAUACCACGGUAGAUACCCGAGCUGGACGGCUGCACAAUGUAUUGUAACUGGUACUUCUUGCACCGUCUAAAUGGGCCCUUAGUUAUAGGAUAUCGCUUUUAAAUUACCCUUUCCGUACGAAACUUGAACUUUUGAGCUACAGUUACCGAGGUGUAACUACAAAGGCAUCACUGAUAGUAUCGUGUGAACAUAGAGAUUUUAGUUCAAUUUAAAAACACUCAACAACUGCAUAAAUGUCGUGAGAAUCUUUUAGACAAUUAACUGAAAGUACGACGUUUGGAUCAUAAAUUGUUUUAUUCGUAACAAUGUAAAUGAUGGAUUUAAUAAAUAUGUUUGAGGACGAAUUUGACUGGUAUAUUAUGUAGCGGUUAGUGACCCUGGUUCCUACGUAAGUUACCUACAUAUUUUUGGAGUUCCGUACCGCUCCGUUAAACACAAACUUGGUACAUAGAUAGGUUAUAACUUGGACUAAAUCAUAGGAUGGUUUUUUUCCUGUGAUCACUGAGUUGGACAUGGGAGUUCUUUCGCUAUGACUAGUUUCCUCGGAUUGGUUGUUUGGUUUGAAAUUGUAAGCAUUACAUACAGGUUAGGCAGGGAGAUGGAUACUACACUGGAGAUUAAAAAUAAACACUAAUAUUUUUUAUGGAAAAUAUAGGGACUUCUACGGAAGCGUAUAUAAUCUUUGUGUGGUUUCACAAACAUUCAAAUCACUUGAUGCUUGAACUGAAUCAAGGUGCCCUAGACUCAGAACAAGCAUUAGUGCGGUUUGUGGUACCCAAUCACUUUAUUUAUCGCCCAACAAAUUUAUAACCUUUAAUAUCCAAUAUUUUUUUAAAUUACUAAUGGAGGACGGACGAAAAGACAGGCUGACGGACUGAGCUUAUUAAUAGGGAUCAGUUGUCCAAACACAAUGAAAAAAAAUACGGGUUCCACCCGUAUGAAAACCUUAUACAAUUAAAUAAAACG